CUCACGCCCUCUUCUUGCUUGUGCCUGUGUUCUGUCCUAAAAUACUCUGUUUCUGUUUCUUACUGCUACUUUUCGUUUUAUUACAACGUCUGUUUUCUUCAGAAGUCAUACGUUGUAAUAUUUAGUUUGCUUGUUUUCUUGACAUCUGCAAUUGUACUGGAGAAAGUGCUGCAUAGAUCAACGGAGCCUUCUGUUCUUAAGUACAACAAUGGUUACAUCAAGAAGGACACUUCCUGAGGAGAUACAUGUCAGCAUCGUCUAUUUUUUCCUGGUUCUGCACUUCUUCAGUUGUACUAAUGAUUUAAGAUCCUUCGCUCAAUUAUUGCCUGAAGAAGAAGUGCAAGUUCUUCAAACGAUAUCAUCAAAGCUGCAGAUCACAAACUGGAAUCUUAGCCGGAGCUCUUGUAGUGAGGGUAGCGGUCUCAACCGGACCUUUGGCGAUGGCAUUUAUAGCAAUGUGACCUGCAAUUGCUCUUUUAGUGCCAACACUGUAUGCCAUGUCACAAGCAUAGAGCUGAAAGGCCUUAAUUUGACUGGGACUUUGCCUGCAGAAUUUGCAAAUCUUAGUCAUCUUCGGGAAAUAGACCUCUCGCGUAACUAUAUCAGUGGAUCAAUUCCACUAAGUUUUGCUCGGCUUCCUCUCACUAAUCUGUCACUAUUGGGAAACCGGAUUAACGGUACAAUUCCUAGCGAAAUAGGUGAUAUUUCUACUUUGGAAGAGCUGAUUUUGGAAGAUAAUCAGCUUGGUGGACCUCUUCCCGCUAAUCUUGGAAGGCUAAGCGGAUUGAGGAGACUCCUGCUUUCUGCCAACAAUUUUACAGGAACAAUACCGGAGACAUUUGGGAAUCUGACGAAUUUGACAGAUUUUAGGAUAGAUGGAAAUGCAAUUUCUGGAAAGAUGCCCGACUUUAUUGGCAAUUGGACAAAACUUACGAGACUACAUAUGCAAGGCACGUUAAUGCAAGGACCAAUUACUCCUGCAAUUUCCCGGUUGACAAAUUUAUAUGAGAUGAGGAUACUCGGCUUGAGUGGUUCAAGUAUUAGAUUUCCCAAUUUGCAAGACCUGGAAAAUAUAAGAACAGUAAUAUUAAGAAACUGCUCCAUUUUUGGCCCAAUCCCAGAAUAUAUGGGCAUCAAGGCCAAUCUAAAAACACUGGACCUUAGCUACAACAACCUGACUGGUCCAAUCCCAAAUACAUUUCAGAGGUUGAAUUUUGAUAACCUCCUUCUGGCUUCUAAUGCAUUAAGUGGAGAAAUACCCGGUUGGUUACUGGACAGCAGAGAGAACAUUGACUUGUCUAACAACAAUUUUACUCCAUCGUCCACAACAAGCUGCCAGUCAUCCACUGUGAACUUAGCCUCCAGCUAUUCGACAUCAACAAGCAAUUCAAUUGCGUGGUGUUCGAAGAAGGACCUUCCUUGCUCGGGAAAAUCCCAAUAUUAUUCAUUGUUCAUAAAUUGUGGAGGAAGCAGGAUUGGUUUUGAGGGAAAUGAAUAUGAAGAUGACCAAACUAACCGUGGUCCAGCUUAUUUCUUUUCCUCCUCAGAGAAAUGGGCUUAUACAAGCUCAGGAGUGUUCAUAGGAAAAGAUGAUGCCAAUUAUGUUACUAGUUCCGCAUCAUCAAAUUUGACUGGUGGAGAGAUAUACAGAACCGCACGCCAGGCCCCCGCUUCACUUAAAUAUUAUGGCCUUUGUCUAAGAAAGGGUAGCUACAAAGUGCGCCUCCACUUUGCCGAAAUAAUGUAUUCAGAUGACAAGAAAUUUAGCAGUCUUGGGAGACGCAUAUUUGAUGUAUCAAUUCAAGGAAAUGUAGUUCUCAAGGACUUUAAUAUCAUUGAGGAAGCUAAGGGUGUUGGGAUAGGAAUUACCAAGGACUUUAAGGAUGUAAUUGUAAAUGGAAGCACUCUGGAGAUCCACUUAUUCUGGACUGGAAAAGGGACAACAGCAAUUCCUGACAGAGGUGUUUAUGGACCUCUAAUAUCUGCAAUUACUGUGACACCAAAUUUCGACACUCAUACAGGGCUAUCAGUUGGAGCUAUUAUUGGCAUCGUAGUUGCUUCAUGUGUGGUGGUAUGUUUAAUUUUAGUUUUGCUGCGAUUGAAAGGAUAUUUAGGAGGAGACGACACUGAAGAUAAAGAACUUCGAGCUCUGGAUCUACAAACAGGAUAUUUCACUUUGAGACAGAUAAAAGCUGCCACAAAUAACUUUGACCCUGCCAAUAAGAUUGGUGAGGGUGGGUUUGGGCCAGUUUACAAGGGUUUAUUAUCAGAUGGUGCAGUAAUCGCGGUCAAGCAGCUCUCUUCAAAGUCAAGGCAAGGAAAUCGAGAAUUUGUUAAUGAAAUUGGCAUGAUAUCUGCGUUACAGCAUCCUAAUCUUGUGAGGCUUUAUGGCUGUUGCAUAGAAGGCAACCAAUUGUUGCUAAUAUAUGAAUACCUGGAAAACAACUGUCUUGGUCGAGCACUAUUUGGUCGAACGGAACUGCUGCUAUAUCUUGACUGGCCAACAAGGAAGAAGAUAUGCUUAGGGAUAGCAAGAGGUUUGGCUUAUCUCCAUGAAGAAUCUCGGUUGAAAAUUGUCCACAGAGAUAUCAAGGCUACAAAUGUACUUCUUGACAAGGAUCUCAAUGCUAAGAUAUCUGAUUUUGGUUUGGCCAAGCUUGACGAAGAGGAGAACACCCAUAUUAGCACUCGAAUUGCGGGAACGAUAGGUUAUAUGGCUCCUGAAUAUGCUAUGAGGGGUUACUUAACGGACAAAGCAGAUGUUUACAGUUUUGGAAUAGUUGCACUGGAGAUCGUCAGUGGGAAAAGUAACACUAACUACAGGCCCAAAGAGGAGUUUGUGUAUCUACUUGACUGGGCUUACGUCCUGCAAGAACAGGGAAAUCUUUUAGAGCUUGUGGAUCCAAGUCUUGGUUCAGACUGCCCUGCAGAUGAAGCACUGAGGAUGAUAAACUUGGCAUUACUAUGCACUAACCCAUCUCCUACUCUUCGGCCAACCAUGUCUUCUGCAGUGAGCAUGCUCGAAGGCAAAAUCGCAAUUCAGGCACCACUAAUCAAGCGCGCCUCAUCGAAUGAGGACAUGAGGUUCAAAGCCUUUGAGAAAUUAUCACAAGACAGUCAAUCCCAUGUUUCUACAUUCUCCAUUGACAGCAGCCAGAUCCCUAGGACUACUUCAAUGGAUGAUGGACCAUGGAUUGACUCAUCAGCGUCUCUUCCUAGCAAGGAUGAAAUGCGUGAUUCUUCUUCAUCUAGCAAGCUUCGAUUCUGAUCUUCAAGAUGGUGUCAAACUGUUGAGUAUUUCAUGACGACAAGAUUUAGGAUUGCAGUCUCGCAAAUUUUUUGGUUAUUUGAUGUCAUACAGAUUCUUCAUGACAUUUUUCAGGUACCUCUGGAGGUGCAGUGUUCUUCUGUAACAAAAUUCAUAUUCUCUUGCAACAAAACUAAUGCGGUUGUGUAAGCAUUGUAAAUAUUUUGGA